UUAAACAAGAUCUGCGCAAGUAUGAAUAUGACCUACAUUACAUUCUUAAGAUCGGUAAUGUGAUCACUACGGAUUUUUGUUUUGUUUUUAAGAACCACAAAUGUUUACUGUUGCACAGGGAACAAUGCAUACUACUGGUAGAACUGCACUGUGAGCGGCCCUCAGGAACCAGAGGACCAGGUCUGACCACCCAGGCCCAGGGAGGGUGCAGGGUGUAGGGUUCCCAGGCCACUGGGCCUAUGGAGCAGAUCCACUGGGUGAGACACCGCUGGCAGCAGCUGGUGGCCGCAGAGUCAGGUCAAGGUAGGUACUCGGCCCCUGACGCCGUGCCCACCAAGAGUUCCCCGAAGCUCCACAACGCACAGCUCACUGGCAAACGGAGGACGGUCAUCGCCCGCCAUGGACCCUACCAGCAUGAGUACGACAGCGUCUCCAAGGGAUGCCAGGGCAACGGCAUCCGCACCACCAAGUACAGCCUUCUGAGCUUCAUUCCCAUGAACCUGUUCCAGCAGUUCCACAGGGUGGCCAACCUAUAUUUCCUGUUCCUGGUGAUGCUGAACUGGGUCCCGGUGGUGGAGGCCUUUCAGAAGGAGAUCACCAUGAUUCCCCUAGUAGUGGUGCUCAUCGUCAUCGCCAUCAAGGAUGCCCUGGAGGACUACCGCCGCUACUGUUUUGACCAGAAGGUCAACAACAACGUCGCCACAGUAUACAGCGGGAAACAGCAGACUUAUGUGGACCAGCGUUGGCAGGACGUCCGCGUGGGCGACUUUGUCCGUCUGUCCUGUAACGAGAUCAUCCCUGCAGACAUGCUGCUGCUGUACUCCUCUGACCUCCACGGCGUCUGCUACAUCGAGACGGCCAACCUGGACGGGGAGACCAACCUCAAACAGAGACAGGUGGUCAGAGACCUGCCACAAGGUUCCGAGUUGACUCCAGAGAACUUCCACAGUCGCAUUGAAUGCGAGAACCCCAACAACGACCUCAGCCGGUUUCGAGGUUACAUGGAGCACCCCAGUAAUGCUCGUGUGGGCUUACACAACGACAACCUCCUCCUGAGAAGCUGCACCAUCCGCAACACAGAGACCAUCAUAGGCAUCGUGGUCUAUGCAGGUCACGAGACCAAAGCCAUGAAGAACAACAGUGGGCCGCGGUAUAAACGCAGUAAACUGGAGCGCAGGAUGAACAUGGACAUACUGUGGAGUGUUGUCCUGCUGGUCAUCAUGUGUCUGACCGCAGCUAUAGGCCAUGGUCUCUGGCUCAGGAACCUGGAAGAAGCUUCCUUUCUGAUCCCUGACACCACAUCUCCUGCCCUGGCUGGCUUUUACCUGUUCUGGACCAUGAUCAUAGUACUACAGGUGCUCAUCCCUGUCUCCCUGUACGUGUCCAUCGAGAUUGUCAAACUGGGUCAAAUCUUCUUCAUCCAGAACGACGUGGACUUCUACAAUGAGUACCUGGACUCCAGGAUCCAGUGUCGAGCCCUGAACAUCACAGAGGACCUAGGUCAGAUCCAGUAUGUGUUCUCAGACAAGACUGGCACACUGACGGAGAACAAGAUGGUGUUCCGGCGUUGCACCAUUGCUGGGGUGGAGUACCCACACGAGGAAAAUGCGCGGAGGCUUGAAGUGUACAAGCAGGAGGAGGACGAGGCGAUGGGCCGCUCCCACACGCUCAAGUCACGUGCCAGCGCCAAGUCCCUGAGCUGCAAGUCGCUCAGCUGCAACCGCAGCUCCGUGUCCCUGCACACACUGACAGGCCACUCAGAAGGCGAGGGGGAGGAGACCCCCAGCCCCACCCUGCCCCGACAUAGCGCCUUCAGUAGCCCUAUGGAGAAGGAUGUAGUCCCGGACCCUUUCCUGGUGCAGAAGCUGAACUGUCUGUCCUCCCCGCUCUUCCUUUUGAUGGACGCCAGUAUGGAGCUCACCUACAUCGUGGACUUCUUCAUGGCUCUGGCCAUCUGCAACACGGUGGUGGUGUCCUCACCCAACCAACCCCGCCAUGUGGUCCAGGUGCCUGAGGUCUCCCGUACCCCCCUUAAAUCCCUGGAGGACAUCAAGAUGCUGUUCCAGCGUUUCAGCCUCCCCCGCUUCUCCACACUCUCUCCUCCACACACUACAGAGAGUACUCGCAGCUUCACCGGCAGGCUCUUCGCCAGGGGCAAGCCAGCCACCUUCACCCCCAGCCCUUCCCCUAUCCCCACCAAGAGGGGUACAGAUCCAGACGGGGAGCCUAACUUUGAGGCCUCCGUCCUGAUUAUCAAACCAGGGCUGGAUGGACCCCCUGGAGAGGAUGGGGACCAAGGGGAUGAGGAGGGAGAACAUGGCUCUUGGAAAGGCGAAGAGGACAAGAUUGUACAACUCAACCCAGGGGCCUGGAGCGGGCUGGAGAACUCUAAUGGAGCCCAAGACCCUCCCGGUGAACUUGGGGCAGACGAACUGAUCUAUGAGGCGGAGAGCCCAGACGAGGCGGCACUGGUCCACGCGGCAAGGGCCUACCACUGCACCCUGCGGGGACACUCGCUGGAGCGCCUUCUGGUGGAGCUGCCGGGGAUGGGCAGCCUGGCCGUGCACCUGCUCCACAUCCUGCCAUUCGACUCCACCCGCAAGAGGAUGUCUGUGGUGGUCCGCCACCCACUCACCAAGCAGGUGGUGGUCUACACCAAGGGCGCAGACUCCGUCAUCAUGGACCUGGCAGAGUCACCUAAAGGUGCUGAGCAGUCAGAGAGCAGGCAGGGUCACAUCAGAGAACAAACCCAGAAACACCUAGACAACUACGCCAGGGAAGGCCUUCGCACCCUCUGCAUCGCUAAAAGGGUUUUGGAGGAGGAGGAGUAUGAGGUUUGGUUGAAGCGUCAUGCGUUUGCGGAGACCAGUAUAGAGAACAGAGAGGAGCUUCUACUGGAGUCUGCACAAAGACUGGAGACCAACCUGACUCUACUGGGGGCAACAGGGAUAGUGGAUAGACUCCAGGAAGAGGUCCCAGAGACCAUCGAGGCACUACAGAGAGCAGGGGUCAAAGUAUGGGUCCUCACUGGGGACAAACAAGAGACUGCCAUAAACAUUGCCUGUGCCUGCAAACUACUCAGGUCCACAGACCACCUGCUGACUGCUAAUUGUGGUAGCAAGGAGGCGUGCAAGGCCUUGUUGUUGGAGCUGCGGGCGGAAAUGGAGUGCGGAGAGGCAGCUGAGGGUACGUCGGGCUUCACCCUGGUUGUAGACGGGCGUACGCUGGAGUUUGCCCUGCAGGAGGACCUGAAAGGGGACUUCCUGGAGCUGAGCCGGUGCUGCAGGGCCGUGAUCUGCUGCCGCUCCACCCCCCUGCAGAAGAGCCAGGUGGUACGGCUGGUACAGGACCAGCUCCAAGUCAUGACCCUCGCCAUAGGUGAUGGAGCCAAUGAUGUCAGUAUGAUCCAGGUAGCAGAUGUUGGCAUUGGGAUAUCUGGCCAGGAGGGCAUGCAGGCUGUGAUGUCCAGUGACUUUGCCAUCUCCAGGUUUAAACACCUCCGCAAGCUGCUGUUGGUCCAUGGACACUGGUGCUACACACGCCUGGCAAACAUGAUUCUCUACUUCUUCUACAAGAAUGUGAUGUAUGUUAACCUGCUGUUCUGGUACCAGUUCUUCUGUGGAUUCUCGGGGAGUGUUAUGACCAACUCCUGGGUGCUCAUCUUCUUCAACCUCCUCUUCACCUCUGUCCCUCCCCUUCUCUACGGGAUCCUGGACAAAGACGUGUCUGCAGACACCCUCAUUAAGUUACCGGAGCUCUACAAAUCUGGACAGAAUUCCAAGGCCUACCUCACUUCUACCUUUUGGCUGACAAUGCUGGACGCUAUUUACCAAAGCCUUGUCUGUUUCUUUGUUCCUUACUUUGCAUACGCAGGGUCGGAUGCAGACAUGCUCUCCUUUGGUUCUCCCAUCAAUGCCUCGUCCCUCCUCAUUAUCCUACUGCACCAGGUCAUCGAGAGCCGCACACUGACAUGGCUACAUGCAUUAUUGCUGAUGGGUAGUGCUCUCUUCUACUUCUCUUUCACCCUGGUCUUCAGUGUGGUGUGUGUGACGUGUAGCCCCCCCAACAAUCCCCUUGGUGUGGACAAGCUACAGAUGUCCCAACCACUCUUCUACGGAGUGUGUGCCCUCACCACCAUGCUGGCACUGCUACCAAGAUUCCUGUUCCAGGCCCUGCACAACAGCAUUUGCCCCUCUGACACAGUGAAGGCUGCUCUGAUGGACAAGCUCAAUCCAGAUGACUACUGUAAAAGGAUGCAGCGCUGGAACCAGACCCAGGCCCAGAGUAAAACCAGAAGUCUCGUCAUCAACGUGGAAGACUCAGACAUCAAGGUCCCUGACCCUGACUUCAGACUCCCUUCAGAGCUGAAGGAAGGCAGUGCUACCACUGGCUCUUUGCUCUCCUGACCUCACAGAGGCUACAGGGGGUGGCUACCACAGGAGGCUGCUGAGGGGAGGACGGCUCAUAAUAAUGUCUGGAAUGGAGUGAAUGGAAUGGGAUCAACCACAUGGAAAACAUGUUUGAUAUGUUCCAUACCAUGCAUUAAUUAGGUUCCAGCCAUUACUUUGAGCCUGUCUUACCUAAUUAAGGUACCACCGGCCACCUGUGGUGGCUACAGGGGGAGACUGCAGGGUUCAACCCUAACACCCUUCAAAACUAGCUGUCUUGCAUGGGUUGCUCACUGAUGAUGAUGGUUAAGAACACCAUGCUGUCUAUCCAUGGGAAAGAGAUGGAUAUGUUUCUCACAUGUGCUUAGAGUUGCAUUAACAUGGAGUCAUGGAUGUAUAGCCUCUCCUGGUACUUGAGAAAAGAUUGGUGAUGUGGACUUUUUGUAUUUUUUCUUCUGUAACCUUUAAUUAACUAGGCAAGUCAGUUAAGAACAAAUUCUUAUUUACAAUGACGGCCUACAGGUGAAUAUACUGAAUCCACACAAGUGCGUCGAGGGUAAAGACACAUUAGACAUUCAUAAAUGUGUCUCUGCAGUACGCUAGUACUUUGACACACUCAGGUGUGAGGCAUAGUGCACUACACCCGAACAUUCCGCAAGGCGUGGUCCAUUCUGGUCCUCUUCAGAGUGCUCUGAGCAUGUAGGGAACAGAAUGCUAGUAGUUAUCAUAGGCUUAGUCCCCAGUAGCUAGCUACUCUCAGAAGAAUGCUUAUAGGUUGAUUUAGCGACUGUUUAACUCCUCAUCCUGUCACCAAGUUAUGAAUGGGAGCUGUGAAACAUUCCUCUACUGAAUCAUGUUACGCAAUCCCAGGUAACGUGAAAGAAUAUUUGAAUGUUCUUUUUUCUGUCAUUUACACUGCUUGGUUGAGAAUUGGUGAAACGAUAUGCUGGAGUGCGUGCAAUGUUUGGAAUGUGUUUACAAUCCUUGAGCUGCGUACACUUCUUUGUAAAGUUAGCAUCAAGCUAUGACUCGUUUUGUGUUUACGCACAUCUCUUUGUUGUUGGUGUUUCUUAAACAAACACACCAAAAUGAAAUUGUGAACAACGCAUAUUAUUGCAUAUGAACCGGGGAGACUGGGAGGUCACAUAGAGUACCAAAGUCAUAAUACCCAUAAAAUGGUUCCAAUCGUUUUUCCGCCCUUCAUUUUUCUCAUAGGAGAUUUUAGAAACACUUCAAAUAAGAGCUGUGUUUCACGUCACCCUGGUGUGAUGUUUUGAUAACCGUGUAAAUCUCUCUAGGACAAUAAGUGACUUUUUAUCAAUAUAUUCACAUGUAUUUACUUCCCAAAAAUGAAAUGCUAAUUAGUUGCUAAUGUGGCUAUCGUAAAGAACUACAAAUGCCAUGGUGAUCUGGAUGAACUAUCUGUCAGCUAAAUUUAGUAUUGAAUAAAUUGGUUACAUUUAUUUAUAUUUACAAUUCUGUGAACUGCCGUGUGCAAGUUUUAAAUUGACACAAUACCUGUUAGCAAAGGUGUUAGCGAGAGAUUACGUGCAGGAGCUUGCAGGGAUUUGUAGUUUUGCAUAAUGGCUACUUUGAUGCUAAUUAGCAUUUUCGAAUCUGAGAGUAAAUAGAGAUGAAUGUAUUGAUAAAAGUCACCUUGUCGGAGAGAUUUACAUGGUUAUCAAAACGUCACACCUAGGUAAGCUUAAACAAAACACAAUCCUUAUUUUAAGCGUUUCUAAAAUUCCCCAUGGGAAAAAUAAAUGGUGGAAAAACUUUUCCCCGCUAGGUUUUAUGGGUAUUAUGACACCCCAAUGCAGAGCUCUAUAGUUGGGGCAAAAUCCAAAUGCUGUACAGUGGCCUUACCCUCCUAACUACUGAUCUCUGUGGCUUGUGUAGGUGAUAACAGUAUGUAAAUGUAUGAAUCACACUUGAAUCUAUUUUGACAGGAGUUUACUUGGAUUUGGCGUAUCACUGUAGUAGCUCAUCACUGUAGUAGCUCAUUACCUGACAUUUCCCACCACUAUUACCUACCAACCCGCACUUAGCUGUAGUCAUGUUCGGUAAAGGAGCCUUGAAGUCCAUUUAAACAUGGGCUGUAUUGAUUUAUUUAACCUUUAUUUUCUUAUUGAGGUACAAUCUCUUUUUCAAGAGAGACCUGGCCAAAGGGCAGCAUACGUUUAGUUAGAAGACAAGGACCAAAAUGCAAUGUAAAUUUACACACUGGAAAUUGAAAAUGUAAUGUGGGAAGAUGAUAGAGAUCCUGGGGCUUCUAAAGCAAGACAACCAAAAGUGCAACUUAAUAGGCUUAAGUACAGGAAGAGGGUUCAGAUAUGGCCCUCCUGUAUGUGAAGUAGGCUUUACAAAUAUUCUCUUGAGUUUGCCUGGACAAUGCCAUUGCCAUUUAUAUCUGCUUCUGAGAAGUGACCUCAAUGCAACUGCCUCUACCACAUGCAAAUCUUCUUUAGAUCAAUUAAUCCUCAGUAUUUUAUGUGGUUAAAUUAGACUCUUUUUUUAAAUCGUUUUUUACAGUAAAAUCCUGCUUGUCAAAUCCUACGCAACAUGGAAAAGGCAGCUGAUUUGACCUAUAGUGAAAUUGUAAAAGUGAUGAUUAUAAAUUAGUUGUGAACUUGUUUAUAAUAAAAUCAUUAUUUUAUAUCAA